ACUGAUUAAACAUAUAAUGUCUUACACUUACAAAGCUUUCAUUUAUAAUCAGUAAAAUACAAAUCCUUUAAUUCACUACAGUCAGGGCUUUUACUGCUACCUGCCAUGCUCAUGCUUUAGUACCUUGGAGUGUCUUUAUUGCUUUCUUACUUGAAUUCAUUUCGACCUGUCCAUAAACCUAACAUUUAUAUUGGGCAUUUAUAUUAAUGAUAGAUAAAAACUCCAGCUUUGAUUGGACUGGUCUUUGGCUCAGGCACAGUGCCUGGGCUUGGUCUGCAAAGCACUAAAACUAAAAUUCAUGGUGUGAUGGUUUAAAAGCCUCUGAUGAACCUCUAUGCUUGCAGAUAUAAUUUAAUGCAUAUAGCCUUCAGUACUAACAUGACUGGGAGGAUGAAAGAAAUUUAUUGGCACAACCAACGCAAAGGACUUCAUAUUUUACAUCUGAGCUCAUAGCAAAAUGAUACGCACAGUGUCAUCUAAUGCUGGCCCUUACAAACUCAUCAGUUCCCAUUCAGUCACACAUCCACUCCACACACAAACCUAAAGCUCCUGGCACUCAGAGCACAGCAGGCUAAUGCUCUGGCAGCUAUUCCUCAAACAAACCCUCACAAAAACACACACACAGGCACACACACACACCAGACAGGAGCAUUUCCUGGGGAAUGAGCAUGGAGGAUGUCAGCAGUAUUCCUAGCCAGUGUCACCUCAUGACCGAGAGAACAGGGACAGAUAGAGGGUAAUGGCGAGGGAGAGAACCAGUCUCAGUCAGACAGAUAAAACAAUGGGAAUGAUGGAGGGAUAAACAGUUGACAUCAUUGUUCCAGAAAGAUCAGGCUGUUGGCAGAGUCCAUAUGCAAGUGUGCAUGGGAGGUCACGGAGGGGAGGGGUGCAGAGGUGGUGAACAGAGGCAAACGUCUGGCUUGGAUGGGAGGGAAAGACCUAUAAAUUCAGUGCAGGAGAGCACAGCAGCACCCAUCUCAAACCAAAUCAGACCUAGUCAGCCUGCCUCGUCAUUUAUUACAACCCUCUUGGAAUCUCACCAUGGAUAUCCCCAUCCAGUAUCCCUGGUACCGCCGGGCGUUCCCACAUCGAUUUCCUGACCUCUCCAUGGCAGAACCUCUCACUGACUGGCCAAUGAUGUGGCCAUUCUCCUGGUCCUUCCCCUGGAUGCGCCCUUUGUUUAUGCGCUGGUUCAACUGGCCCGACAAUGGACACAGUGAGAUGCGCUUGGAAAAGGAUCGCUAUGUCAUUUAUGUGGAUGUGAAGCAUUUCUCCCCUGAUGAGCUGUCUGUCAGCGUUAGUGAUGAUUUCAUCACAAUACACGGCAAACAUGAAGACAGACAGGAUGACCACGGCUAUGUGUCAAGAGAGUUUCUGAGGAAGUACAGGCUUCCUUCUGGUGUGACAGGUGCCGAGGUCACCUCCAGUCUGUCGUGUGAUGGUGUACUGACAAUCACAGCACCUCGGUCAUCUCCUGGGCCGGAGCGCAAUAUUCCUAUUUCCUGUGAAGAUGGAACACAGAAACAGAAAAUGUAGAGCAGAGCCUGACGCACCAGAUGCUGCUUUACUAUUAACCCUUUAUAUUGUCUGUUAUGUUGGCAGUGCCGUACAUAUAUAUAGAGUAGUCAUACAGUUCUAGAUGUCUAAAACUGCUGUCUAAUAAAACAGUUCCUAACCCCUAACUCACUAUUAUUGUGUUGUCUCAGCAAAACUGUAGAGCUCGUGUAACAGUCUGUUUUUGACAGUACAGCUUUUAUAGACACAUCAUGGUGAGCUCCAGGAUAUUGAGCUCCCAAGAGUUCAUUUCCCUAUCAUAAACAAACAGAUUAGGCUUCUACGCAAAAUACAGUCGCACAUGUAACAGUAUUUCCAAAGACAAAUUCAUAACCACCAUCAGGCAUUUAGAGAAACACAAUGUCUCUAGCAACCUUUCACUUCAGUGGCAAAUGUGCUAGUUAGUAACUGAACCCAGACAAGCUUGCAGCAUCUACUGGUUCUGCAGAGAAAUACUAAUGCUAAUCAGUACUAUCCACUAAAGGUGCUAACACACUAACCAAAGAUGUAUUUUCAGCACACAGAGCAGAGUGAGCGGGUAUUAGUAAGAUGCCAAAUGUGCUGUGUUCAUUCUGUGGGAAGAGCAUUGGUUUCUGCAUGUGUGAGGAGGAGGUUUUCUGGAGGCACAGACAGCCCGUUUGUUUUUAGUAAAAAAAAAAAAAAAAAC